AUGUCUGCCUUCAACAGCCAGGUCACAACAAACGGCGAAGCCCAGCCGCUGAAGAUGGAUGUCAAGCUGUCGGCGACCGAGCUCAUCGGCAACACGCCGCUGGUGCGGCUUAAUCGCAUCCCGCAGUCCUUUGGCAUUGAGGCCGAUGUCUACGCCAAGGUUGAGUUAUUUAACGCCGGCGGCAGCGUCAAGGACAGGAUAGCGCUGCGCAUGAUCGAGGAGGCCGAGAAGGAGGGGCGCAUCAAGCCUGGAGACACCCUCAUUGAGCCUACCAGCGGCAACACCGGCAUUGGCCUCGCCCUGGUCGGCGCUAUCAAGGGCUAUAAGACGAUCAUUACCCUCCCGGAGAAGAUGUCCGCCGAGAAAGUCUCCGUCCUGCGAGCCCUGGGCGCAACCAUCAUCCGCACGCCGACUCAGGCAGCCUGGGACUCUCCUGAAAGCCACAUCGGUGUCGCAAAGCGCCUGCUCAAGGAAAUUCCCAAUUCCCACAUCCUCGACCAGUACUCCAACCCGAACAACCCGCUCGCCCACGAGUUCGGCACUGCCGAGGAGAUCUGGCGGCAGACCGGCGGCAAGGUGACUGCCGUCGUCGCGGGUGCCGGUACAGGCGGUACCAUUACUGGCAUCGCGCGCGGCCUGAAGAAGCACAACAAGGACAUCAAGAUCAUCGCGGCUGACCCUCAGGGCUCGAUCCUCGCUCUCCCGGAGUCUCUGAACGAAGAGCACGCCAACGAGCCGUACAAGGUCGAAGGCAUCGGGUACGACUUUGUCCCCGACGUUCUUGACCGCGAAAUCGUCGAUAAAUGGUACAAAACCGACGACCGGGAAUCCUUUGCCCUCGCACGCCGUCUCAUUGCCGAAGAAGGCCUCCUCGUUGGCGGUAGCUCGGGCAGUGCCAUGGCAGCCAUGCUCCGCGCAGUCAAAGACUACGGUUUUAAGAAAGGAGACAUCGUGGUCGUCGUGCUCCCCGACAGCAUCCGCUCGUACCUCUCCAAGUUCGCCGAUGACGACUGGCUGGCCGCCAACGGUCUGCUCCCCAACGACGCCGAGAAUACUUCCUCUUCUGUUCCGACCCCGACAGCCACCGACGACCCCUACGGCGGCGCCACGAUUCGUUCCCUCCGCCUCAAGCCGGUCACUUCGGUCCUCACAACUAGCACCUGCGCCGAGGCAAUCGAGACCAUGCGUGACAAGGGCUUCGACCAACUUCCCGUCUUGCACCCCACCCCAGGCGGCGGCAAGCUCGCGGGCCUGGUGACACUCGGCAACCUGCUGAGCUACAUCUCUCGCGGCAGGGCAACCCCCAAGAGCCCAGUCAGCGAGGUAAUGUUCGAUUUCAGCCGGAUUGAUGAGGUCGUCACCGACCCGAGAGAUUUCGGGUCGGAGCUGAAGCCCAAGGCGAAGGGCGGCAAGGCGCAGAAGAGGAAGUUUGUGGAGAUCACGAUGGAUACUCCGCUUUCAGCGCUGAGCAGGUUCUUAGAGUGGAACAGUGCGGCUGUGGUGACGGAGAAGAAAGAGGAUGGGACGGGGCUGAAGCCGGUGGCGGUUGUGACGAAGGUGGAUUUGUUGACUUGGAUGGUCAGGCAGAAGUCCGAGUAA